GUGAUUGGUGGGAUGAACGCCGGUGGAACAAAAAGGGAAUAGAAAGCAUUGGAUCGAUUUUCAUUGGAGAACCACGUAACGUGUGUGGUUAUUGGGAAAAUUCGUUACAAAGACAGCACUGGAACACAAGUGGAGUUACUACACCUUUUAUAACCUUCUUGUAAAGGUAAAAUAUACUCUAGUUUGCAAAAAGUAUAGAUCACUCUCCAAAGAUACAACACAGAUAGAUUUGUAACAGAAGACACCUAGAUCAGUGGUGUGAAAGAGAUCGAGGGGUAUCGUUGUAAGGGGAUCCUAGUGAGGCUACUUGAAGUCACAGGUAAUUGCAACCGUGUAUUAUUAGAAGGAGAUGGACUAAAAUCAUAAAAAGCUAGACAAACUGGAACCGUUUUUGUUGUUGUAUUGGAAACAAAAUUAUAUACAAACGACUACAAAAACACGACACUACAAUGUCCACGGGAGAUCCUGGUAACAAGGACCGUUGUAAUGAAACCAUCAAGUUCUUGGCAAAGCAGGGAAAGAAGGGGGCUUCAAGGAAAGAAACUCUCCGUAGCCAACUUACAAAGAAUGGUAGGGAAAAGGAAAGUAUUCAAAACUCUUCAACCACGGAGGAUCAGACUUUAAUCACAACAAAAGAGGAGCAGUUCGUCACAGUAGGAGAUGUAGAGGAUUCUUGUCGCACAAGUUCCUCACAGUUGAAUGUUCAAGAUAGUCAGAAGGUUUUGUCCAAGAUCUCGAACCCUCAGUUGAUGGUAGAAGAGCAAACGGAUGAAAGUCAUGAUGGGGGAAACGGGAAGUCCAUGGAAAGCUCAGAAAGUGCCCCUUCAGAAUCCUAUUCUGUUACUUCGGAUGCGGUUGAUUCUUCUAGCACAAUGUCAUAUAGAAAUACUUUUAUGGGUUCAGCCAAGAGAACUAUCGAAGACUUUGAAGAUGGGGAGCAUGUGACUAUUUGGAAUAGAACGGAAAGAAGAAAAAUUGCUGGAAAUGCUGCUCCUUUAGCCAAGAAUUUGAGGAGAUAUUUUCAGAAGCAUCCAGACUGUGAGGUUUACUUUGGUCAGGAUUUGGAAGAAUUUAUUUCCGAUGAAACUACUGUUCAAGUAGCGACCAGUGGAGUCGCUACAAGUGGUGGUCAUGUAUCUAUAUGGAAUCGUAUAGAGAAAAGAAAGAUUGCUGGAAACGCUGCUCCGUUAUUGAAGAAUUUAGAAGCCUAUUUGAAAAAACAUCCCGAAUGUGAAGUGUACAACGGACAAGACAAGGAAAUUUUAGAAAGAAAGAAACGAAACAAGAGAAGAAAUCUUCACCACAGGCGGAAGACAGUUACGAUAAAAACCAAGAAUAAGAACGAGUCCCUAUUAGAGACUGUCCAAGACGGCAGCCUGGAGUCAUCAAAAGGCACAGGAGCUUUAAGCAAAGAGGAAAAUUUGGGUUUUAUGUCGGCAGUAGUAGAUGAAAGUCAUUAUUUGUCGUCUCACCUUGCUGAUCCUAACUCAGAUAUCACUGGAUUAUUUGGUCUUGUUGAUGAAGAGCUUUCCAGUGUAGACUAUAUGAGUCGACUUUCGUUUUUGGAAGAACCUCCUUCCUUAGAUUCAAUAAUAGAUUCUAGUUAUCCGGUAGAAGACUUGUUGUUUUGGAAUAGUAGCUCUAGUUGGUCUGAACCAGUUGAAACAGAACGUGAAGAUGUAAUUGAAUGGAGAGAUACAAGUCUUAGCAUUUUAGAUGAAGAAGUGGAUGUAACCAUCGAUAUAUCUUCAGGCUCAGGUUUCUCUCCUACUUUGUGUCUUUCUUCAGGUUAACUUCAAGUUCCAAAGUGAGAGCACAUCAAGAAGGAUUUUUAUUCUAUAUUAUCACGAAGCCGUAGUGACAAUAAAAGUUUUUUGGCCAUUUCUUAUUUGUGAGUUGCCAUUCAGAGUUCGAGUCUGGCCAAGGUUUCGCAAGUGUGUU